AAGCUGUGGCCAGUGCCCCCCCUGCCCUGCCCCUGGAUCUGCCCCAGAUUCAGAGGACUUGAACUGCUGAGUUCAGCUGAUGACAGAAAAAAAAAAGAAACUGUUACAGGAUAUAAACCUGAUACUUCUUCACCCCAAAUCAAAUUGACCAGGCUGACAGCACUCGACCCGACUUCAGCAGUCUUUUCAUCAUUGGGACCUUAUCAGAUCUGUGAGGAUGAACCUUGUGUUGUUCCUGCUGUGUUCAGGAUUUGUUCACUUUGCAGCUGCAGCUAAUCGUUUCCGACGGUUCUACCUUACUGACACACAGCAACACACUUGGAAAGAUUCGUUAGAGAUAUGUAAAAAUCAUAAUAUGUCAUUUGUAACUCUGUACGAUGAGGCGGAUGCCCAGUCUCUUUAUGAAUUUGUCUCGAAUCGUAAAGGUCGAACCGCCUGGCUCGGUCUUCGAAGGAUUCGAGAGAACGUCACCACUUGGUCGAACGGCGACCCUUAUACAUUCAAUCUACCAAAUGUGGCUGUAAAUGCAGGGGAGCAAAGAUGUGGAGCUGUCGAAAAUAACGAAUAUAAGGAUUUGGGCUGUUACAUGAGUUUACAUUUCAUGUGCUACAAGGGAGAUGAAUACCACCUGAUUGAAAAUUUGACAAAGGACUGGUGUCAGGCACAGCAGUACUGCAGAAGACACUUCGAUGACCUUGUCAGCAUCAAUGAUGAAACCCAAAAAACACAAGUGGUCAACAAAGGACGAGACAAAACCUUUUGGAUUGGACUCCUGCACGAUGAAUGGGAGUGGCAGGACGAGAGCUGCUCGACGUACAGAUCGUGGGAAUACCUACCAUCAGAUGAUUGUACAGCUCAGGGACGGUCUUCACCUGCAUUGUAUGGAUAUGGAUGUUCCAAUAUACUAAAAUCACUUUGCUCCAAAGGCAAAGUGAGAAUCGUGGUCAUCACAGAGAAGUUAACUUGGCAAAACGCUUUGGAUUACUGUCUUGCCAAUCACUCAGGCCUGCUGCAGAUUGAGAAUAAGAGCGAUCAGGAGGAUGUUGUUGAAAUCUUAAAAAACUUCAACGUCGAGGGUCCUUACUGGAUCGGCCUGAGUCAGAGUCGUGUCUUCGGGUUCUGGAUUUGGAGCAACAGGUGGGUGACCUACAGCAACUGGGAGAACAACCAAACGCUGGAGAUGCCCUUGUCUGAAAACUGCGGCGUAUUCAACGUGACGAACUCCAAGUGGCGGGAUGAAAACUGUUUGCACGAGCACCCAUUUCUUUGUGAGGAGGAGAUUUCUUUCAAUAACUAAUAGGAUAUAGUUAUAAAGCUUCUUGAUAGAUGAGACGUUUGUGACGGAUUAGGUCGUGUUGAUGUGUGAAGAUGAUGGAGAUAAAAGACUUUAGAUUUUCCUUAAAUCCUCAGAUUUUUAAUUGUUGUCUGCCUCGAAUUUGUUGAUUAAAAAAUAAUCAGACUGUUCUACAGGUGAUUUAAUGUAGAAUUUGACAAUUGAUUUAAAAGUGUUUAUAUCCUCGAUUAUUAUUAUUAUACUAUCAUUACUACUGUUAGUACUACUACAACUAUUACUAUUACCUAUGAUUGUGUGAAACAUUUGUGUCAGUCUGUUGCUAAUCAGACAAAUUGAUUUUGAUUGCCUUUAAAUGACGACAGUUUGGAGGUGAAGUGACGCGUCUGUUCGGAUCAAUCUGGGCAGAUUAAUAAAAGUGUGCAUCUGUUUGCAUGAAACUCUU